ACCCCAUCGCUGUCUCCUUUCCAUUCCGUUCUGCAUCAUCAAUCCAAUCCCACACAGCGCCGACGACUUCGUCGUCCCUUCAGUGGGAGGCGGGAGCAGCACGCCGGGGGGAGCGAGCAAGCGUCCGGAGCAGCGAGUGACAGCAGCCGCGGAAGAAGUGGGGGAGAGCUUGGAGGCGGGCAGUACAUAGCUAGGCGGGCGGGCGGGCGGGCAGCCAAUGCCGUGGGGCGCGCAGGGCUAGGAAGAUGGGCGGAGGGGGCACGAUCGUCGACGGCUUCCGCCGCUUGUUCCACCGCCGCAACGGCUCCACCUCCAACUCCCACCAGUCGUCCGUCGCCGGCGAGGGGGAGGAAGGCUCGCCCGAUCUCGAGGUCAUCGAGGACCCGGAUCUCGUCGGCCUCCGCGCCAUCCGCGUGCCCAAGCGCAAGAUGCCGCUGCCCGUCGAGAGCCACAAGAAGAACUCAGUGGAAAUGGAGUUCUUCACAGAAUAUGGAGAGGCAAGCCAGUACCAGAUUCAAGAAGUCAUUGGUAAAGGGAGUUAUGGAGUAGUUGCUGCAGCAGUAGAUACCCGCACUGGUGAGAGGGUUGCUAUCAAGAAGAUCAAUGAUGUGUUUGAGCAUGUCUCGGAUGCCACACGCAUACUGCGUGAGAUCAAGCUCCUUCGGUUGCUUCGUCACCCAGACAUAGUUGAGAUCAAGCACAUCAUGCUCCCUCCUUCUAGGAGGGAGUUUCAGGAUAUCUAUGUUGUCUUUGAGCUCAUGGAGUCAGAUCUCCAUCAAGUGAUCAAGGCGAAUGAUGACCUUACCCCUGAGCAUCACCAGUUUUUCCUGUACCAACUUCUUCGUGCUCUCAAGUACAUACAUGCCGCUAACGUAUUUCAUCGCGAUCUAAAGCCCAAGAAUAUACUGGCUAACUCAGACUGCAAACUGAAAAUCUGUGACUUUGGACUUGCCCGUGCAUCAUUUAAUGAUGCCCCGUCAGCUAUAUUUUGGACGGAUUAUGUGGCAACAAGGUGGUACCGGGCACCUGAAUUGUGUGGUUCCUUUUUCUCCAAAUACACUCCUGCAAUUGAUAUUUGGAGUAUUGGGUGCAUAUUUGCUGAACUUCUCACUGGAAGGCCACUGUUUCCUGGAAAGAAUGUUGUACACCAAUUAGAUCUCAUCACAGAUCUUCUUGGAACUCCAUCAUCCGAGACCUUAUCUCGGAUUCGAAAUGAGAAGGCCAGGAGAUACUUGAGCUGCAUGCGGAAAAAACAUCCUGUGCCGUUUACUCAGAAAUUUCGAAAUGCUGAUCCUUUGGCUCUUCGUCUGCUAGAGCGUUUGCUUGCGUUUGAUCCUAAAGAUCGGCCCACAGCAGAAGAGGCUCUGGCUGAUCCAUACUUCGCAAGCCUUGCUAAUUUGGAACGUGAGCCCUCAAGACACCCAAUUUCAAAACUUGAAUUCGAAUUUGAAAGAAGGAAGCUGGCAAAAGAUGAUGUUAGAGAGUUGAUCUAUCGAGAGAUUUUGGAGUAUCAUCCACAGAUGCUGGAGGAGUACAUGAAAGGUGGAGAACAGAUUAGCUUCCUCUAUCCAAGUGGAGUUGACCGCUUCAAACGGCAGUUUGCACACCUUGAGGAGCAUUACAGCAAAGGAGAAAGAGGUUCUCCACUGCAGAGAAAGCAUGCUUCUUUACCAAGGGAAAGAGUGGUUGUGUCGAAGGAUGGCAAUAAUGAACAACAUAUUGUUGAUCAGGAGAGAAGUGCAGAUUCUGUUGCCCGCACUACUGUGAGCCCUCCAAGGUCAGAAGAUGUUGGCCAGGAUGGCUUGAAAUCCACAAGCUUAAGCUCCCGAAGCUACCUGAAGAGUGCAAGCAUUAGUGCUUCCAAGUGUGUUGUUGUCGCAGAUAAACACCCAGAGGAUGAUGAAAUCCCUGAGGAAAUGGAAGGUGAUGUCGAUGGAUUGUCUGAAAAGGUCUCUAGGAUGCACUCCUAGGCUCCAAUGACCGUGGGGUGACAACAAUCCCGUCACAAGAUUUCUGUCAGGUAAACUGUAUGCCGACGAUAUAGAAGACAGCCAGGGAAAGCAAAACACUGCAUUGCAAAUCUGGACUUUGGGCGUUACUUGAGGAAGAGGAAGAUGCAGGGGCAUUUUUCACCCUGUUUGUAACAGCAUGGGCCCUGCAUGGAUCCAUGAACAAUCCCUGCGAUGUAACACUAGUUAGUCCAUGGUGGAAAUGUAAUGAACAAUGAAGCGUGGUCAGCUGACUCACCAUGAGGACGUAUUCUUUUUCCAACGGAGUCUGGAGUUUUACAACGGCUCUGCCAUAUGAAUUGUCAGCAGCGUACCAUUUUCUUUCCCA